AUAAAAUAAAAUCGAACUAAAAAAAGUAAAAAAAAGGUUGAACGUGGUGUGUGCUGCUUCGCCUUCGCUUCGACCGACGACGAGACGACGACGACAACUCGCCUCGAGACUGCACGCUUUUAUUUUAUACAUAUUCUUUUUUUUUCCUGCCGUCGAACUCGUGAAAAAGUGGACAUUAAAAGAGUGAACAACUAUUUCCUGAUUAAAAGUUAUUUGGAAUUUACAGAAAAGUUAAAAUAAGUGAAAAGUGAUUUUUUGGAAAGUGAGGUGCGUGGAGUAAUAGUAAGAUUCUUUUGAUUUUGCGAGCGUGAACGGGAAACGUGAUGCCGUCUUAUGAAGCUGCUGGAACUAAGACAACUACUCUCAUUGAUGAUCGUCCUGACGUAACAGAACCUCUAUAUUUGGAUACAACUAUUAUAGAUUUGAAUAAAUCAAAUGGGCGGGAAUAUAUAUGUUGCCCGGCAUCGCCAACAACAGUACCGGCUAAAACCAGACCCAAACGUACUAGUUUAUCAGAUUCGCCGGCAAAAGCAUUACAUAGACCAGCGAGAGCACCACGUCAGCGUACAACAUCGAUGAGCCAAAAUUCAACAACAAAUCCAUCUGAGUGUAUUAUUCGAUCAAAUAAUCGGACAAUUUAUACAGCCGGACGUCCGCCAUGGUAUAAUUGUGCUGGUCAACAAGUUGAACCUUUUGUUAUUGGUAUUUGUGGUGGAAGUGCUUCUGGGAAAACAACAGUUGCUCAGAAAAUUAUUGAGAGCUUGGAUGUACCAUGGGUGACUUUACUUUCUAUGGACUGUUUCUAUAAGAUUCUCAAUGAGAAACAACAUGAGCAGGCUUUAUUGAAUGAAUACAAUUUCGAUCAUCCCGAUGCCUUUGACAUCGAUUUGCUUAUUGAUGUUCUCAAAAAACUAAAGGAAGGUCGCAAAGUUGAAGUCCCAAUUUAUAAUUUCAUAACUCAUGGCCGAGAAACACAAACCAAAACAAUGUAUGGAGCAAAUGUCAUCAUAUUCGAGGGCAUAUUAUGUUUCCAUAGUCAAGAAGUCCUCAAAUUGUUGGAUAUGAAAGUUUUUGUUGACACAGAUGCUGAUAUUCGUUUAGCAAGGCGUCUAAAACGUGACAUUUCACAACGUGGCCGAGAUUUGGUUGGAGUUCUUAAACAAUACUCGACCAUGGUCAAACCUUCGUAUGCCAAUUAUAUUGCCCCAACUAUGGUUCAUGCCGACAUUAUAGUUCCUCGUGGUGGCGAGAAUAAGGUUGCCAUACAUUUGAUUGUCCAGCACGUCCAUACACAAUUACAAUUGAGAGGUUUCAAAUUACGUGAAACACUAGCUCAUUCGUAUAUCGAUCAGCCAAUGCCCGAUUCGCUACAAUUGCUGCCACCUACACCUCAAAUCAAGGGGUUGCACACAUUCAUCCGUUGCAGGAACACUUCCAGAGACGAGUUUAUCUUUUACUCGAAAAGACUUAUCCGCUUAGUGAUAGAAUACGCAUUGAGCUUAUUCCCCUUCAAGGAGACCAUUGUGGAGACCCCACAGGGAGUCCAUUAUGAGGGACAGCGCAUGGCAAGUAAGAAAAUUUGUGGUGUGUCAAUUCUGAGAGCCGGGGAGACAAUGGAGCAAGCCGUGUGCGACGUUUGCAAGGACAUUCGCAUUGGUAAAAUUCUCAUUCAAACAAAUCAGAGUACAGGCGAGCCAGAGUUGUACUAUCUGAGACUACCAAAGGAUAUCAAAGACUACAAAGUCAUCCUGAUGGAUGCAACAGUGGCCACUGGAGCUGCUGCAAUGAUGGCAAUUCGAGUUCUACUCGAUCAUGAUGUACCCGAGAAUAACAUAAUUUUAGCAUCGUUGCUGAUGGCUGAAAUUGGAGUUCACUCUAUUGCGUAUGCCUUUCCAAAAGUAAAAAUAGUCACAUCAGCUCUGGAUCCAGAAAUCAAUGAUAAAUUCUAUGUGAUUCCUGGCAUCGGAAACUUUGGAGAUCGUUACUUUGGCACUGAACCAUCAGAUGAUUAUGUGUAGUCUCGUAGCCCAGGAAGUUGUCAGUUUAAGUAUUUAUCUCUAAUACAGCUUCUCUAGCAAUGGCGGCGCCAAUCAGCUUUUCAAAAAAAAACAGCAAAUCUAGACCAGUAACAAAUCUACAUCCUUUGAAGAAUAGGAAAUAUUACAAAAAGAACAAAAAAGAAAAAUAAACAUCGAAGUAGAUGAUGAGAUUUCUAAAUAGCGCGAAAAUAAAGAAAUCUUUAAAAUAAAAACUUAUAGACAUAGAAAGUUUAAAUCCUGAAACCAAAAACCAGAUUUAUCUUACUACAUAAAAUACUACUCGUUUAGAAUGAUAAUAUUUUAAAGAUACUCGCCGCGCACAACAGUUCAGCUCUAAUCUUUUAUGUUGGGGGUUUUUUCUCUCGUCUGUCUGUCGUUCUUAUUCUCUUCUCUUCUCUUGUCUAUUCUCCGGCAUGAUAUACUUAAACUAUUUUAUUUUUUUAUAUAUAUAUAUAAUACAUUUUGUGUAUGUCAAUGUUACAAAUAUUGUUUUAUUUUUAAUUUUUAAGAAAAUAAGUUUUUGGAAAAAAAAGAAAAAUGUGUAAAAAUUAUGAAAUAUUUUAUUUAGAAUUUAAAAUAAGAGUAAACAAAAUAAUGUGAAAUGA